UAUCUUAAAAAUAAAAUUCUCGAUUCGACUCCGUUCAUAACAUUCAAUUUUAAUAUAACGAAGAAAAUAACAUUCCAGUGGCUUUAAAAUCUCGUAGUUAGUGCGUGUUCAGUGCAUCGAAUUAUAUAAUAAAAGAAACAUAUUAUACAAUACAUUGAGAGAGAGAAUAGUAGAAUUGUAGCGAGACACAUAGAAUAUAUAUAUAAAUCCCCAUGAGCUACGAAAACCACUUCGAAUUCGAGCAUUAUUGUUGAGCUUAUUGCUUAUUGUGGCAUAAACACUAGUUUAGUUCACGUGCGCACAAAAAUUGUUGUAAAGUUUUUGUGCGGAAAUUUAUUUAAUCGAACAAAAUACGCUGAGUACGACAAAAAAAGCUUUAAUUGUAUGCAUUUUGUCUAAAUUUAAUUGUAGCAUAUUGAUAAAAAUACCACUUAUUACGUAGUUAUAUCAUUAACAUUGAAUGGACACCAAGUUCACACGGAUUAUUUGUGAAAUUUCGAGUGAGUACGAAUAUUACAAGAUCGUGUAAAAUAAAAUGUCACGUAUCGCCACCUAUUAUUGCAUAAUUUUAUCUGCAUAUGAAUGAGACAGCUUCAUUUUAAUUGUGUAUGGAAUAAUAAUGUGUGCUUAAAGAGAUUUUGAUGUGCAUCCAAAUAAAUAAUACAUCGCAGCGUGUAACAAACAUAAAUUUCAUCAAAAUUACACGAUACAACACAAUCAUCAAAUAUAUCACGAACAAGAGAGACACACACUUUUUUUCGACAAUGAAUGGAUGAUGUGAAUGUGGCAGAUAUCUUUGUGAAUCGCGCUUGACACCGUGCAAAUGUAAUCCAAACAUCAACUAGCGAGAAUACUUAUCACAUUAUCAUCUGUUAUUUUAAGCACACAUCAAAAUUCUUUCCCAACGAUAUAAACACACACACACAUUGCGAAAUGUGACGGCGAGACUGAAAGAGUCAACAACGAAACAACGAACGAAUGGUGUGCAAGUUGAAUUGUAUGAGACCCGCCGCUUUUGUUUUGUGAAACGAAAACGCUACGUGCAUAAUAGAGUAAAAGAGUUCAAGUGACUUUAAUAACUUUCAACAGCACAAAGAACAUUCGAUAAACACAUUCAGUGGUGGUUGUAGGUUUCUGUUUUUUUGCAUACUUUUCCCCCCAGGCCGUGUACAAGAGAAAGUGAAUGAAUGAACAAGAAAGACACUCUGAAAAAUACGUCGUCGUGUAUAUAUCGUGAAAUGACAAAUGUCAAUGAUACUUUAUAUAAAUUGGCUUUCAAAAGACCAUAAAUUACGAACAAAAUCGCUUGUGUAAUUUUUCUCUCUCUCUAAAUGAACUAAAAACGUCAAAAUUUAGUAAAAAAAAAAAGUCGGAAAAACGCUGGCUUUGCGCUUGAUUUAUAUGACACGGAAUUGAUUUUCUUGGGUACAAAAUUAAAUAACUAUGUGAAAAAUGCUUAUUUUCCAAGUGAAAUAAUUGUUUGAGUGAGUGUGAAAACGGUCUGACUUUUCAAAAGUGACUUUAAGAGAGACACUUUUCAAAUGAAUUUAUUCGAUGAUAUGUCGGUACAAUCGUUAGUUGAAUUUAAAGGUGUAGAUCAUGCUCGCAGAGCAAAAUCAUACGACGACCAUUACAAUACAAGCUGUCGAAAAUGGUACGAAUUCUCAAAACAAACAGAGGUCGCCGGCCAAAAAAUCCAACGAACAUCGUUAUCAUCGUUCCAACUAUCCGGCAAGCAACACCAGCACCACCAGCAACAGCAGCAGUAACAAUAAUACGAGUUCAAAUACCUCAUAUUCAAGCACUCCGACCACAACCGUAGUUUCGAGUGAUACAGAAACCGAACCGAAAAUUGGCCAAACAUCUUGGGUGUCAUUUCAGGAUAAUUUGAAUGAUAAUUACUUGGAGCGCGGUCGUCGAAUUCAUGGUCUACAAUUACCAUUGCAUCCACUGCAAAUAAGCGGUUGGGUUGCUCUAUUCGGUUUUGGUGUAUCAACAUUUUGUGUUCUUAUUCCCGCAUUGCAUCCGGAUUUACAAGGUCCACUGUUUAUAAUCGUAUCCAGUUUGUAUGUAAUUCAUGGCUGUUCACAUGUUGCAGCACUUUUAAUCGAUCCAUCUGAUUCGGAACUACGCAAACAAAGCUCAAAUCGUAUUGUACCUGAAUUCGAUCGUACAAAACAUGCACACGUCAUUGAAAAUGGACGAUGCCAUUUGUGCAAUAUAAAAACAACGAACUCUCGUACCAAACAUUGUAGCGUUUGUAACAAAUGUGUAGCCCAGUUCGACCAUCAUUGUAAAUGGUUGAACCAUUGCGUAGGAGGAAGAAAUUAUGUUGCAUUCCUUAUGUGCGUGGUGAGUGCCGUAAUUGCGGCCAUGGUCAUUUUGGCCGCUGUUGUUGCCGAACUUGUUCUCUACUACAUGAAAUCCGAAUGGUUGACCCUUUGGUCGGCCGCCUCAACAGCGAACUUAACAAAUACAACCGAUGAUGUCAACAAAAUCGAUUCAAUUUCAUCGGCCGUUUUUAACGAAACAUUUUUUGCUGCAAUAAAUGAUACAACCAUUUCACCCGACACUGUAUUUAAUGUUACCGAUACGUUAUUCAAUGGUGUGGCUAAUGAAAAAGCAACAAAUGUUACGACUGGUAUUAGCCUAAACGACACCAUUUUCUUGACAUUUAUUUCAAUUAUUGGUAUUUUAGCGGCGAUUACCGUUGGACUAUUACUUCAUUUGUGCUUUUUUCAUGUGUACAUUUCAUUUUUGGGCCUAACCACAUAUGAAUACAUACGAAAUCAACGACAACAUGAAUCACAAAAACAAUCCAAGAGAACAAUACCAACCACCACCAAUAACACGUCUGGUAAUAAUAAAACAACACUGAAUGCCUUGAAAAAGUCAUCAACGGCCAAUAAAAUCUAUUUUUGUUCACACAUCGAUCCGAAAAAUCUAGUUGAAAAUCAUAAUACAACGGUAAAACAUCGACCAAAAUCGAUUUAUUGCUGUGAUACAUCGAUGCAAUAUGAUAAUUCAACGCAUGCAGCUUUCUAUUUUUGUUCAGUAUUGCAUGACCGGCCAUCGCAAAUUCUCGUACCGUCAACAAUACAUGAGCUAUCAGUGAAUAGUGGCCGUUCAAGCCAUUCGAAAACCUUCCAUUGUUGUUCUGAGUACAAACAAAUUGUUCGAUUGUCCAAUUCCAAUGAUGGUGAUGGUGGUCCGUCUAGUCAAGGUGGCUAUAGUAGUAGUGGCGAUGAAAUCACGCACAACCAUGAAACAAUAACCGAAACAUCAUCGUCAUCAAUUGCAACGACAGAUGAAUAUGUAAAAUUUAUGGAACAAUGCACAUUUUGUAGUUUCAAAUUAAAAACAAAAACGAAAAAAUCAAAAGUGGCAGCGAUCGAAACGAAUCCACCACAAUCAAUAAAUAAUCAACGUACCGAAAUCGAUUUAAAACCGAUGCGAAAACAAAAAUGGAAUUGUUGCUCGAAUGUGCCCGAAAGUCCGGACUCCGACAUAUCGGUUGGCGAGCAAAUUGAUACAAUUUCAGCAUCAAUCGAUCCAAAAGCCAAUUAUAAUCACAUAAAUCAUCGUUUACGUGGUUCGUACGAUGAGCAUAAAUUAUAUGCAAAAAACGGUGCCAAACCAAUGAAUCAAAUAACAACAACAAAAUUAACAACGAACGGAUCGAUGAUGGCAAAGCCAAUCAAAGAAAGUCGAAAGAAUCGGUCGUCGCUAUCAACAAGCUUAAAAGGUGGUGGCAAUCAUCGAACGCGUGCAACAACACAAACAUGGCCGAUUCGGUUACGGCAUAUGCUACGAAUGUUUGGUCGAUGUCAACAACCGCAUUAUCCAAACGAUUCUCAUGUAAAUAACGGUAAUAACUCACGACACCGACCACCAUCUCCUUCACCACGACGAAAUAUUAAACAAAAUCAAGUUCGACCGAUGAAUAUGCUUGAACAACAAUGCGAAGAAUUGCAACAGCAACGUCGACAACAACAACAACAAUGCCAACAUCAACUGCAUAAUAUGCCAAAUCAUUUGCAUAAAACCGCAUUGACGGCAGGACGAGACAAUAAUUUGGAAACGAAUAAUUCACCAAAUGAAAUGAAAAUGAUUACAACACCAGCACCACCACCGCCCAUUCGACGGAAAAUUUGUAGUGCAUCGGCCGAUAUGCAAGAAUUGGCCGAAUCACUGUCCUUUGUACAAAAUCCGUCGACCCAUCAUCACCAUCACUAUCCGUCCAGAGUGAACAAACAAAAGGAACAAAUACAAAAAGCACAACAACGUCCAAUACUUGCAAUCAGCCGAAAACGGCGUAAAAAUAUUUUCCGUAGCCCAAAUUUGUCACCCAUCCAUGAGUCUGGCUACUCGAAUCCAACAUCACCAAAACCAUGCCGUCACGGAUCAACACAGGAAAGUGAAUCGAGUGCAUCGACACCGAAAAUUUCCCACCAAUACCGAUAAUAUUACAAUUUAACGAACAAAAGAAAAACAAAAUGCAAAGCAAAAAAACUAAACUACGUAAUACAAUUCCAUUCCAAAAAAAAACUUAUGCAAUGACGAAGACGACAACGAUUCAAAUGCCAAACAAGAGAAGAAAACAUUUAGUAAAUAUUGCAUAAAUUUUAAAUUAAACGAACUCCAUUCAAAUUUCUAUUUCAGGCUGCUAAAAAUAUGUUACAACACAUACAUAUAGUAUAGAUAGACUCAAUUCUUUUUUGCGAUGUACAUUUUUGGGUUACAAACACUUUUACUAAUUAACGUAUUUGAAAUCUACCAAAGAACAAAAAUAAAGAGAAAAAAAAACACUCGGUUAAUUGAAAACGAAACUAAACUAACUGUAUUUUGCGAAUUAAAUAAGGGCAUUUUUUGUGUUAUAAAUAUAAAUGUAAAGCCAAAUGCAGAUAGAUGUGCCGUGCCGAGAAUAGUUGAAUAAAAAUAUUCAAAAUGCAAGUGUUGUAAGCAUUUACUAUAGCUAAAUCGGGAGGCAGACAAUUAAAUUACACUUAGUAUAAUUCAAAUGAAAAUGAUUUAAUUGAGAAACAAAGAGCACAAAAGUCAUUGUGGUGUAGCAAAGUAUAAAAAUAGACAUUAAAGACAUUGAUUUACUGAAUAAAAACUAGCAUUUUUUUUAAAUUGUGUCGGCGGAUGGGCGAAAAAACCUACAAAUUGAUCUUACUUUAUUGUUUGAAAUGGUGUAUAAACGGCAAUUGUUUUGAUCACGAAGGAUAUGACGUUUAAUGCGAUGAUAGUGUUGGCCUUAAUUGCAUUAUCUUGAAUUACACAUCAUUUGCGUGAACAAUUUACCCCAUGGUUUGAAUCUUGUGGCGCAAUAUACGAUGUCUAUCUCAAGCGUACAGAAUGCAUCGUACAAAGGUGGUCUUUCAUGUGAACGCAAUGAAUUUCCAAUUAUGCGAGCCACCACGUAAAUGAUAUUUCGUGAGCUUUUGCCACCACGUUCACGGUGAAAAUAUAUGAUGUCACACGACGAUCCAUUUGAAAAAAAUGGUCGUAGUCAACAUGCACGGAAUCACAAGCAAUCAAGUGCAAAAUUUAAAAAGCAUUCCAUCCAACAUCACUCUUUAAGCCCUUUAUUAAAAUAUGAGGCACGUAUACUUGCCAUUUGCACGAUAUAACGCGUGUGUGUGUGCAUUCGCGAAUCAUAUGAGGACUAUUUACAGUUUAAGAGAGUCUUUACUCUUUUUUUAUAUCACCCAAAUGCGAAUACACAGCUAUUAUGUGUGUGCACACUGAACUACAGAUUCAUUAACAUUAACCUUUGUGUUUGUAUUCUAUUAUUAAAAAGGGCAUACUAUUGAUUCCAUGAUAAGUUUUUCUUUUAUAUUUUAUUCAGUCUUGCAUGUGUUUUCAUUUUGGCUUAUUUUGUUUGCACAUGCAAUCGCGUUGUUCAUGCUUCAAUUUUCCGUCGUUAUUUUGUAUGGGAAAGCCACCAUCAGGCCAUUUUCAGUUUGGAUUUUCAUUUCAUUAAAUUCUCUGCGCUCAUACUUUUACUGUCAUUCUCUCUUCUAAUUACCAUAAUUAAAUCCUAUUUAGAAUAUCAAAUAUUCAUCAGCAUGAAAUGAAAACGUGCGAGCUUAUACUCACUUUGGUUGUCUGUCUCUCUCUCUCCCUUGAGGCACAUCAACACAGAUUAAAACAUGCGACCAAUAUUAUUAUUUUACCAAAUAAAGAUAUUUCGAGGCUAUUUUGGUCAGUGAUGGUUUUUUCCUAUCUGAAUAGCGCUAGCUAUUCGCAGCGUUUUAAUUUUUGGUGGACAGUUAUCCAGAAUUAUGUUCGCUUUCUCUCAGUUUUUUUCAAAUAUUAAUUUAUCACAACGGAUUUAUGAACGUAAAUCACCUUGAACACACUCACACACCGUUUGGCCAUAUCCGUUUUCGCGAUGUAACAUCCAUCAUGGCAAAUUUCGUGCAAUCUAUUACCAUUCAAAAGCAUUGCAAACGAGAAUGAAAAUUAAUUUUCAUAUUUUUGUACAAUUUUGAAUAAAUUAGUUCGCAGUUAAAGUGAAAUGCAACGACCGCAAAUGAGUUUUCGUGGAAAAUUGCAGUUUUAUUUUCGACGAAUUUACGUUGCCAAACUAAUUAGGAUUUGGGCCGGUGAUUUAUAACAGACUGUCCAAUAGGUAACAUUUCUGUUGCUAAUUGAAUGGCAUGAAUAAAGUCGGCAAAGUUCUCCAAACGAAUUGAAUAUACUCGUUUAAUUCUAUUUGCACUUAAUUGAAUUUCUCGUGUGCAAAAUCAACAUUCAUAUAAUGGCCUUACACGAGAAACAAUUACUUCAUUACUUGCGAGAGUUUUUUUUUGUUUGUUUCUUUUUCAACCCAAAACCCAUAAGUUCCGCCAAUUUAUCCCGUCUUCUAUACGCGCAACAGCUUCAAUUGUACGACUUUAUAAUCUAUUUAAUAAUUUCCAUACUUGAUGAUAAGCUCGGUUCCGUAUUGUUGACUGCACUCUUUUUUCUGUUUUUCUUCUUUAUCAUCGUUUUCAUUUGCCAAUUUCUCUCAUUCACUUCCAGAUACAAUGAAUGUAUCAGAUGAACAUAUAAACUUGCAAACAAUUAUAAUUUCGCUUUAGUAAACGCCACAUUCCACACAUCAAUUACUUUCGGCACAUAUGCAUGAAUUUGUUCGUUGCGCUUUGGCUACGUUUGCGACUGAACAUUGAGAGUAUUCGUAAACAUUUCUCUUUAUUCAAAUUGUUUAGCGCGAGAACCUAAUUUCAUACAUAUCAUUCAUGGAUCUACUUAAUUUAUACUGACUUUGUUCACAAUAAAAUACAAGCAUAUGCGUUUGCGUCGCAAAUAGAGAGAAACUCUAUUUAUUCAAUUUUUUUUUGUAUUCAUUUAUGGACCAACAUGUGUAAUAUUCGACGCCGCACCAAAUAGAAUGUAUUGAAUUCACACAGUCGAAUGAGUCAGAAAUUGCCCCAUAACGCCUAAUUGAAAUGCAUUUGAGACGAUUAAACGAUCGCAUGAUUUUCAAUCAAAUGUUUUACAUCGAAUAUUUUUAUAAGACGCGUUAGUGCUCAAACAAUCACUUUAACGAUGCAUAAAAUGAAAAAAAAAACGUCUAACUAGAUUGCAUUGAUUUAAAAGAAAAAAACAAAGUCAAAAUGAUAUACGAUUACAAGGCAUCUGAUGCUCAUUGAAAUUAAAUAUACGCAAAUUAUGGGCAUGAAUACGAAUGAUUUUGCAAUGGAACGAGGACAAUUUGUACAUU